AGACCAGUUCUAAUCACAGAUAUUUUAAAAGAAUGGAAAGCCAACAAGUGGAACAAAGAUUUUUUUGUAAAAAAUUAUGGAGAUCAGCAAGUUGUCAUGAAAGCUGUACAUGUAUGUAAUUUACUGUCUUUGGACCUGAAAAACACUCAGGGUGUUAAUUUGCUAGAAAAAAAAUUUUUGUCCGUUAAACGUAAAUUGGGAAAGUUUUUUUGACCGAUCAAAAUCCUUGUGUAGGAAUAAAUAGUGUUUUUUCCAACGUGUUUCUCCUUAGAUGCAAACAACGGUAGCUUGGUUUUGUACAUUUCAUUGCUGGUGAAUGAACACUGAAAAAUGCACCCGUUGGCACUUCGUUUUGUAUAUUUCAUUUCCGGUGAAUGAACACGUAUGCACACCGAUUACACUUCGUUUUGAACAUUUCAUUUCAGUGAAUACACACCCAAUAUGAAUGAAACAACCCAAUGAGUAAAAUCGUCUGGUGCUAGAUUAACAUAAUUUGACUGGCAUGAUUACAGUACAGUUCAAUUUACACUACACAACUUUUACAUGAUAACACUUUUGGAUGCAACCUGCUGACAACUUGAGUUUCCUGUGUAAGUUGAACUCAAGUAGUACAGCCAGGUUGCAUGCGGAAGUCUUAGGUAAAAGUUGUGUCAUGUACGCCAGGCUUAAAACUCACAUAUACAAUGUUUCUCCUGACUCUAGGGAACACUGAACCAAGCAGAGAGUUUAGCUUUACCAAUGAAAUUAUUUGCCAAACAUUCUCACGAGGGAAGGUCAGACACAUGGACAUAUUUACAAGAUGAGUUGUUCAUACAACUACAUCCCGAGUUGAGAGAACAUCUAGGAAACAUUGUAAGUUAAUCAGCAUUAAAAUGUUAAAGACCAUAUGUCAAGUCUGAUUGCGCAUCAGUUCUGCUCAUAGCAGUUAAAGAGGGACCCACAGAUAUAAACAUUAUGCCCAAAUUUUUCAUCUUUUCGAACUUUUUUGAAUUGAAACAUGCUCUAACUAGUUUAUAUUCAUUUACAACUGCGAACCAGAAAAGUGUUAGAUAUUCAGAUAAUUAAGACAAAGGAUUGUUUAAUAGUUUUGUAUAUGGAAACACCACAUAAAUUUAUUACUGUUAGUAGUAAUAAAUUUACGUGGUGUUUCCACAAACAAAACUAUUAUAUUGUUUUAUCGCCAUGCAAACUUGCAAAGAACUUAAAGGAUUGUUUACAUUAUGGACUUGACAUUGUAUUUAAAUAUGUAUUACUGUGUAAUUUUACUGAAUUUAUUAAUUAAUUACUGUGUAAAAUUACUGGAUGUAAAGCCUGAACUUAAAUCCUGAAUUUAAAGCCUUUAUUAAAGUGUGAAUUUUCAGGUUGAAAAUUGUCUGAAUGUGAUGACUUGUCCGAAUUUAAAGUCCGAAUUUAAAGGCUGUAUUUUAUUAAAUCUGGCUUUAAAUUCAGAAUUGAAAUCAGGCUUUAAAUGAAGGGUUUAAUUCUUCCACACUCCUCCCAUCUGUUUUUGUUUUUCCCUCCAUUCAUUUCUUCCAAUCAUUUUUCUUAGAUUUAUCUUGAAGAGGAUUUCUUUGAAAUAUUUCCAAAAGAAGUUCGACCUUGGAAUGCCAUGCUAUUGUGGGGAACAGCAUAUUCAAGAUCUUACUUACACAUCGGUAACACAUUGCUUUCAUUUCUCUUCAAAAUUCGACUCAUGUAAAAGCCUCAGUUUUUAACUCCUUUUUCAAAAACCAGAACUCUGUUUUCAAAUGCUAGAACUCCCUUUUUUCAAAUGCCAAAAUUGAGUUUUGAAAUGCCAAAACUCCGUUUUCAAAUGCCAAAACUCCGUUUUCAAAUGCCAAAACUCCGUUUUCAAAUGCCAAUUUAACUCCGUUUUCAAAUGCCAAUUUAACUCCGUUUUCAAAUGCCAAAACUCUGACUCUGUUUUCAAAUGCCAAAACUCCGUUUUCAAAUGCCAGAACUCCCUUUUCAAAUACCAAAACUCUGUUUCCGAAUGCCAGAACUCCGUUUUCAAAUGCCAGAACUCUGUUUUCAAAUGCCAAAACUCCGUUUUCAAAUGCCAGAACUCCGUUUUCAAAUGCCAGAACUCCGUUUUCAAAUGCCAGAACUCCGUUUUCAAAUGCCAGAACUCCGUUUUCAAAUGCCAAACAAACAAUGAAUGCUUCAAUAAUAUCUUGCAGAUCCUUAUAACUGGACUGGAACAAACGCUGUUUUCUAUGGAAAGAAACUUUGGAAGGUUUGUUUCUUUUGAAUGUUUCCAGAGUAUGGUCACAGAAUAAAGACAUACAGAAAGUCGACUCGAGUAACCGCUGCCACAUCACGAUUCGUCAUCAAAAUGCUGACGGUCAUGGUCCAGUGCGCUUAUGAGAGUAACCCCCCCCCCCCUGGACGUCCAACAUUUUGAAGAUUAUCAGGGGGAAGUGAAUGCCUUUCAAAUGCCUUUCUAACUUAUUUCCUUCCGCUCUAGUUAUAUCCGCCUGGCCAGGACGAGUAUCUCUAUGUCAUGCCAGACAAAAAAUCUGAAUUUCCUUUGAAUUGCUAUAAAUACAACAGGUUAGAUUAAAAAAUAAUAAAUAUGGAGUUUAGAACUGAUAGGGCUAUCCAGUAUAAAUAAAGUUAGUUUAGUUUAGGUUUCCUCUUGUAGUAACACUGGAUCAAUAAGAGAUGAUCCUUACUGGACCUAUAGGAAGAACAGUUUAGAACUGAUAGAACUAUCCAGUAUAAAUAAAGUUAGUUUAGUUUAGGUUUCCUCCUGUAGUAACACUGGAUCAAUAAGAGAUGAUCCUUACUGGACCUCUAGGAAGAACAGUUUAGAACUGAUAGAGCUAUCCAGUGUAAACAAAGUUAGUUUAGUUUAGGUUUCCUCCUGUAGUAACACUGGAUCAAUAAGAGAUGAUUCUUACUAGACCUCUAGGAAGAACAGUUUAGAACUGAUAGAGCUAUCCAGUAUAAAUAAAGUUAGUUUAGUUUAGGUUUCCUCCUGUAGUAACACUGGAUCAAUAACAGAUGAUUCUUACUAGACCUCUAGGAAGAACAGUUUAGAACUGAUAGAGCUAUCCAGCAUAAAUAAAGUUAGUUUAGUUUAUCUCACGGUAUUUGUUAUCUAUUUUAGCCCUAUUGAUGCGUAUAAUCCUGAUUUGAAGAAAUAUCCAAAGUUUUCGAAAGCUCGAGCUAUUUCUUUUGAACAAAGACCUGGCGAGCUUCUCAUUAUUCCUCCCGGCUGGUUUCAUCAGGUAACACGCGUGAUGUUUCAUUUCAUUUGGGAACAAGCAGUGCGAACAUCCUUAUAUAUCCUUGACAACAACUUUGCAUCUCUGAGUUAUCCAGUUGGUAUAUUUAUUUUGAAAUAUUUCCAUCAUAUAGGCGUUCAAUGCAGUUGAAACGAUUGCCGUUAGCAGUCAAGUGAUGAACUCGCAAAAUUACCAGUAA